GGAGCGACAUUCUUGAUGUCCGCCACACUGAAAUUGGUGGGGCGUCAAAAUCCAGUAGAGCUCUUUCGUCACCAGAGACUGCGACCCCGUAAGAUUAUACUAACAGUUGUUCGUCCACACCUACGUACAAUCUCGUGCCCCUUGCUUUCACUGCGUUUUCGUGUGGUCGUUUGAUUUCUACGUACACAAUCUAAACCUUGCAGUGAUUGAGAGAAUAUGGAUUUAAUUGCUUCUUGUAAGAAAAAGUUGUUGCAUUUUCGAAUAAAAGAACUUAAGGAUGUCCUCACACGGCUUGGUGUUUCAAAGCAAGGGAAGAAACAGGAUCUUAUGGACAGAAUAUUAGACUUGCUUUCUGACGAAGCAUCGAAUGUACGUGGUUUGGCAAAGAAAAAAGUUAUUGGGAAAGAAGGAGUGGCGGACAUAAUAGACGAUGCAUACAGAAAACUGCCGUUUGCAGGGGCGACUUCUGCAUCAACUAAUGGAGAGAAUUCUUCGGAAAUCAAUGACACGGAGCCGAAAGAAGAAGUUGCAGAUCUUUUAUAUUCAGAGAAGAAGAUUCGAUGCCCAUGUGGUAGUUCCUUGUCAACUGAGUACAUGAUUCAGUGUGCAGAUCCACAGUGUCUUGUGUUCCAACAUAUCUGUUGUGUGAUUAUUCAAGAGGAGUAUUCAGAAGGCAUUCCACCAAUUCCAACUCUAUUCUAUUGCGAAAUUUGUCGUAUCCGUCGUGCAGAUCCAUUUUGGGUGACUGUGGCACAUCUAUUAUCUCCGGUCAAGCUAAUUACCACAAAUAAUGAUGCUGAUGGUGCAAACCCCUUGCAGAAUGUGGAGAGAACGUUUCAACUUACGAGAGCAGAUAUGGCCUUAUUAGACAAUGAGGAAUAUGAAGUCCAGGCUUGGUGCAUUCUUCUUAAUGAUAAAGUUCCAUUUAGGAUGCAAUGGCCACUAUUUGCGGACCUAAAAGUCAAUGGUAUUCCAGUAAGGACAGUGAAGAGGCCUGGAUCGCAGCUGUUAGGGGCUAAUGGCCGCGAUGAUGGUCCAAUGAUCACAGUUUACCUACGCGGCAAAAUUAAUCAGAUUUCUUUAUCAGGAUGUGAUGCUAGAAGUUUCUGCCUAGGUGUUAGGCUUGUAAAUCAACGUACAAUUCAACAGAUUCUCAGCGUGAUUCUUGAAGAGAGAAAUGGUGAGCCCUUUGAAGAUGCUCUUGCCCGUGUUCGUUGUUGCAUUGGUGGCGGAAUGGCUACGGAAAAUGGAGAUAGUGAUAGUGACUUGGAAGUUAUUGCAGACAUUUUUACAGUUAGUCUGCGCUGUCCUAUGAGUGGCUCCAGAAUCAAGACUGCCGGAAGAUUCAGACCUUGUGCACACAUGGGUUGUUUUGAUCUUGAAACUUUUGUGCAGCUAAACCAACGCUCUAAGAAGUGGCAGUGUCCAAUUUGCCUGAAGAACUACUCCUUGGAAGACAUUACUGUUGACCCUUAUUUUGACUGCGUCGCCAAGAUGGUGCAGGACUGUGGAGAAGACAUUACUGAGAUUGAUGUGAAGCCUGAUGGGUCUUGGCGCAUAAAAAGUGGAUAUCAAUUUAAGAAUCUUGAGCAGUGGCACCUCCCUGAUGGAUCGGUAUGUUUUUCUAGGUCCGAGGCUGGUUCGAACUUGGAAGCCUCGAGGCAUUUGAACGAGGAAAGAAUUGCGGGGCGUAUUAAUCCCAACAAUAGUAGCAGUCCUAGGGAUAUGCAGUCCACUUGCAGGAACCAACAAGGUGAACAUUUUGGAACCGACAGUCACAAUAUGAUUAUAAUGAGCAGCAGUUCCUCUGAAAGCUAUAGGGAUGAUGGAGACUGUAGUGUUAAUGAGGACUGCAUUAGUACCAUUAAUACUAUUCCCUGCAACAAGGACACAACUGAUAAGAACAUGACCGAUGCAUGGUUAGGGGAUAUUGGCAUCAUUGUUAUCAGUGAUUCAGAAGAAGAGAAUGCCGUUUUGACUUCUCCUGAGACUCUCGGGGUUGUUGAACCAGUUAACAAUGGGGGGCAUUCAUUUUCUGCUCCUCCCACACAUUUGAAUGCAGCACUUGAUGCUGGUGUGAGCUCUUCUCUAGGUCUCUUCAACAAUAAUGGCAAUGGUUUUGAGAUGCCUCACCAAGCAUUUGGUUCUCAAGUACAACCGUCCCAUUCUGCUAAUUUCUCAGACACUGUAAUUGAUUUAGAGUACACUCCAGUCACCUCUAGUGCACCAAUAGAUAGUUACCCAUUGACUUCAAAGUUCUCUAUGGAUUCUGGUACACAGGUUUUUGGUUCUUCUUCUAAUACCAAAACAAAUGAUAGCAUGGUUAGUAAACCCAUAGCAUCCCGUUGUGCCAAUUCCCCAGUACAAACUUCACCUCCAACUGAAAGACCUGAUCUGACUGUGAAUUUUGAUCUGGACAAAAACCAUCAGGUGUCAAGUGAUAUCCGUGGAGGGAAUUUGACUUCUCUUGGGCUUGGCAAUGGUGGUGGUGACACUGCUGCUGGGUUUCAUGCUGAGCCUGCAACCUCGAAUGGGCUGGAUUUGGUAAACCAGCUUGGAUCAAAUGAAGGUAUAGUUGUGCAUUCAGCUUUAUUACCUCCAAGAAUGAAUGAUGAAAUCAGGUCCAAUGGGACACCUAAGCAGAAAGUAUCAUCUGGCCCUUUCUCAUUUCCUCGCCAGCGACGGUCUGUGAGACAUCGUCAUUUCACAUAGAUACGUGCAUGGUGUAGAAAGGUCCAAAAUUCCCUCCCCUCUUGCAAUGAUUCCAGAGCCCAGAUAAAUUUUGUUUCAGGUUGAAGUAUCAUUCCCCAGGAUGAGUAGAUCUCUUGGUGAAAUCGCCAAUUUUGUAUGUCUCGUGUCAGCCUCUUUAUAAUUUGGUCCUUUAGGCAAAAGAGAAAAAUAUAUUGUAAAUAUGAGCAGACAAAACUCAACCUUUUAACUUUCAUAUCAACCCACCUUAUAUUUGUGGCAUUUUGACAUGCAAGUGUAUAAUACUGUACAUGCUAUCAUGGAUAAACUCAGCUAGGAAGACAGGAGUUCUGGUGUUUUCUUGCAAUAUCAGUGAGAACCAGAUUCUUGUUGGCUUGUGUUU